UGAGCUUAGGGUGUCUUCACACAGCAAAUCAAAGGCACACCUCCUGGUCUCAGGAGACUCCUGGGUUACUAGCCCCCAGCCCCGGGCUCUUCGCAAACCUUGUUCCCAUACUUCUCCAUGUGUUUGCGUUAGACCUUUACUCUAAAAUUGAAAGGUUCCCUCCUUUCUUUCCUGCCCUCCUGCACUCACCCAAUAAAUAUUUGUCUUUGCUUUCCUAAACGUUAACUAUUCUCAACCUCUAUAUGUACUUGGAAAGGCAAAAGGAAAAUCCCGACAGUCGCGCAAGCCCCGGCCCCUGACGACACUUCCGGUCCCGCCCCCGUCCUUCCGCAGACGCUGGAGGUCAUAGGUGACAGGCAAGAUGUCGGCUGACGGUCGCUUUGAGUGGUGUUUGAGAGGAGCAUCUUCGUGACAGGAGCUCGGCUAAGGCAGUUGGAGGGAGCCGAGUCGGGAGAGCGUGUUUGAGGCGGCGGAUCGCGCGGGGCCGGGCGUGGGCGCCGAAGGAGUCCCGGCAGUGGGACGUGACUUGGAGAGUGAGGGGGAGCGGGGAGUGUGAGGUGCCGGAGCCCGGUAACGCCCGCAGCCCUCCGGGAAGCCGGGAAACCAGGCUCCGCGGGAUCGCUUCAUGACGCCCACUGGUUUAGAGCCCGCCAGAAUGAACAGGAAGAAAGGAGACAAGGGCUUUGAAAGCCCAAGGCCAUAUAAAUUAACCCAUCAGGUCGUCUGCAUCAACAACAUAAACUUCCAGAGGAAAUCUGUUGUGGGAUUUGUGGAACUGACUGUAUUUCCCACAGUUGCAAACUUGAAUAGAAUCAAGUUGAGCAGCAAACAGUGUAGAAUAUACCGAGUAAGGAUCAAUGAUUUAGAAGCUGCUUUUAUUUAUAAUGAUCCAACCUUGGAAGUUUGUCACAAUGAAUCAAAACAGAGAAACCUCAAUUAUUUUUCCAAUGCUUACGCGGCUGCCGUUAGUGCUGUGGAUCCUGAUGCAGGAAAUGGAGAACUAUGUAUUAAGGUGCCGUCCGAGUUAUGGAAACACGUUGAUGAGUUAAAGGUCCUAAAGAUACACAUCAAUUUUUCUUUGGAUCAGCCAAAAGGAGGUCUUCAUUUUGUGGUACCCAGUGUAGAGGGAAGUAUGGCAGAGAGAGGUGCUCAUGUUUUCUCUUGUGGGUAUCAAAAUUCCACAAGAUUUUGGUUCCCAUGUGUUGAUUCAUACUCUGAAUUAUGUACAUGGAAAUUAGAAUUUACGGUGGAUGCUGCAAUGGUGGCUGUUUCCAAUGGAGACUUGGUGGAGACAGUGUAUACCCAUGAUAUGAGAAAGAAGACCUUCCAUUACAUGCUAACCAUCCCAACAGCUGCAUCAAAUAUCUCCUUGGCCAUUGGACCUUUUGAAAUACUUGUCGAUCCAUAUAUGCAUGAGGUUACUCAUUUUUGUUUACCCCAACUUCUUCCAUUGCUUAAGCAUACCACAUCAUAUCUUCAUGAAGUUUUUGAAUUUUAUGAAGAAAUUCUUACAUGUCGAUAUCCAUACUCUUGUUUUAAGACUGUAUUCAUUGAUGAGGCUUAUGUUGAAGUGGCUGCUUAUGCUUCCAUGAGCAUUUUUAGCACAAAUCUGCUACACAGUGCCAUGAUUAUAGAUGAGACACCUUUGACUAGAAGGUGUUUAGCCCAGUCCUUGGCCCAGCAGUUUUUUGGAUGUUUCAUAUCCAGAAUGUCUUGGUCUGAUGAAUGGGUACUGAAGGGAAUUUCGGGAUAUAUUUAUGGACUUUGGAUGAAGAAAACUUUCGGUGUUAAUGAAUACCGCCAUUGGAUUAAAGAGGAGCUGGACAAAAUAGUGGCAUAUGAACUGAAAACUGGUGGAGUUUUACUACAUCCCAUAUUUGGUGGAGGAAAAGAGAAGGACAAUCCGGCAUCCCAUUUACAUUUUUCAAUAAAGCAUCCACACACACUCUCCUGGGAAUACUACACUAUGUUUCAGUGUAAAGCUCACCUGGUGAUGAGAUUGAUUGAAAAUAGGAUCAGUAUGGAAUUUAUGCUACAAGUUUUCAAUAAACUGCUAAGCUUGGCUAGUACUGCUUCAUCUCAGAAGUUCCAGUCACAUAUGUGGAGUCAGAUGUUGGUUUCUACAUCGGGGUUUUUGAAAUCCAUCUCGAAUGUCUCUGGCAAAGACAUUCAGCCUUUAAUAAAGCAGUGGGUAGACCAGAGUGGAGUGGUAAAAUUUUAUGGAAGUUUUGCAUUUAAUAGAAAACGAAAUGUUUUGGAAUUGGAAAUAAAACAAGAUUAUACAUCUCCUGGAACCCAGAAAUAUGUGGGACCACUUAAAGUGACAGUGCAGGAGUUAGAUGGAUCCUUCAAUCAUACAUUACAAAUUGAAGAAAACAGCCUUAAACAUGAUAUACCUUGCCAUUCCAAAAGCAGAAGGAAUAAGAAGAAAAAAAUUCCACUGAUGAAUGGAGAAGAGGUUGACAUGGAUCUUUCUGCAAUGGAUGCUGAUUCCCCUUUGCUGUGGAUAAGAAUAGAUCCUGAUAUGUCAGUACUGAGGAAGGUAGAAUUUGAGCAAGCUGAUUUUAUGUGGCAGUACCAGCUCCGCUAUGAGAGGGAUGUCGUUGCACAGCAGGAGUCCAUCUUGGCCUUGGAGAAGUUCCCCACUCCAGCAUCACGGCUGGCACUUACUGACAUCUUAGAACAAGAACAGUGUUUCUACCGAGUAAGAAUGUCAGCUUGCUUCUGCCUUGCAAAGAUUGCAAAUUCAAUGGUGAGCACGUGGACAGGACCACCAGCCAUGAAGUCACUCUUUACUAGAAUGUUUUGUUGUAAAACUUGUCCAAACAUUGUGAAAACAAACAACUUUAUGAGCUUUCAAAGUUAUUUUCUACAGAAGACUAUGCCAGUUGCGAUGGCUUUAUUGAGAGAUGUUCACAACCUUUGUCCCAAAGAAGUCUUAACAUUUAUUUUAGACUUAAUCAAGUACAAUGACAAUAGAAAAAAUAAGUUUUCAGAUAACUAUUAUCGUGCAGAAAUGAUUGAUGCCCUUGCUAACUCUGUUACGCCUGCAGUCAGUGUGAAUAAUGAAGUUCGAACUUUGGAUAACUUAAAUCCGGAUGUGCGACUCAUUCUUGAAGAAAUCACCAGGUUUUUGAAUAUGGAAAAACUUCUUCCGAGUUAUAGACAUACUAUUACUGUCAGUUGUUUGAGAGCCAUACGCGUGCUUCAGAAGAAUGGACAUGUGCCAAGCGAUCCAGCCCUUUUUAAAUCUUAUGCAGAAUAUGGCCACUUUGUGGACAUUAGGAUAGCAGCUUUGGAAGCAGUUGUUGAUUAUACUAAAGUGGACAGGAGUUAUGAAGAACUGCAGUGGCUGCUUAAUAUGAUUCAGAAUGACCCUGUGCCCUAUGUAAGACAUAAAAUUCUAAACAUGUUGACUAAGAACCCACCAUUUACGAAGAACAUGGAGUCCCCCUUGUGUAAUGAAGCCCUGGUAGAUCAACUUUGGAAACUUAUGAAUUCUGGGACUUCGCAUGACUGGAGGUUACGGUGUGGUGCUGUGGACUUGUACUUCACACUUUUUGGCCUCAGUAGACCUUCCUGCUUACCCUUGCCAGAGCUUGGGUUGGUUCUUAAUCUAAAAGAGAAAAAAGCUGUCUUGAAUCCAACCAUAAUUCCAGAGGCCAUCGCAGGCAACCAAGAAACUGCUAUUAAUCCAAGUAGUCAUGCACAGCUAGUUGGAUUUCAGAACCCUGAAGAUGAUCACCUUGCCAAGGAAGCAUCAUGUAAUAUAUCAGCUCAUCAGCAGGGAGUGAAGAGGAAGGCUGAUACACCACUGGGGUCCCCACUAGAACCUGGUCAAAUACUGGAGAAGAAUGAGGAUAGCAGUAAAGUCAAACUGAAAAUCAGAUUUUCAAGUUCUCAAGACGAGGAGGAGAUUGAUAUGGAUACCGUUCAUGAUAGCCAGGCGUUUAUUUCCCAUCACCUGAACAUGCUUGAAAGGCCAUCAACUCCAGGGCUGUCUAAAUACCGACCAGCUAGCUCCCGGUCUGCUUUAAUACCCCAGCACUCACCAGGCUGUGAUGGCACACCCGCCACAAAACCCCCGUGGAGUAUGGAACUUGCACGGAAGGGAACAGGAAUUCAUUUGGGUGUUUUUAAUCUUGAAGGUAAAGAACAGUCACCUUUGGAGAUGAGCAUUCUGCAUCCAGUUGCAACAACUCCACUCUCAGUGUUUUCUAAGGAAUCUACGUCCUCCAAACACAGUGACCACCAUCACCACCACCACCACGAGCACAAGAAAAAGAAGAAGAAGCACAAGCAUAAGCAUAAGCACAAGCAUAAGCACGACAGUAAGGAAAAGGACAAGGAGGCUUUCACUUUCUCCAGCCCCGCCAGCGGCAGGUCUAUCCGUUCUCCUUCUCUUUCAGACUGAGAAGGGGACAAAGGACACCUUUGGACUCCUUUCCCUCGGUGUCCAGGACAAUGUACUCAACUAAAACUUUGUCCUCUACAAAGAAGGAUAACAGGAAAAAAAAACGGGGCCUCUUCUAAAAAUUCAGAAUCCAUUUAAGUGCUAAACAUUUGAUUUACAUUAUUUAUACAAUUGAGAUGUAAUUAGGAAAAUGUGUUUUAUAGUUUGGACUACACCAUUUCCUGCUUAACACCCCCACACGCCCACCCACCCACCCCAAACCUCUUCAUGCGAGCCCUCGUCUCCACUGGUAGUCCUCAUUCCCACCCCUCGCGGUCUCCAUGUGCACUGCCAAAGCCAAUUAUGUUUUCAAGCCUUUGAUGAAUGUUAUCAGGCAAAAGUUAUGUUUUAAACAGAAGCGACUGCCAAAUCUGCGGUGAAACCACUAAUGACAUAUUACAUACCACCAUUUGGAACUACUGAAAAAGGCUUUUCCUAUAGAAUCUUCUCUCUAUUGCGUGUGUGUGUGUGUGUGUGUGUGUGUUAAACAGAGAAACUAAAUACCAAUUUAUAAACAAGAAUACCUGAUAUUUUCCUUUGCCUGAAAAUACUGAAAUUUUUAGAAGCAGCAUUUGAAAAACAAUUGAAUAAGUCUUUUGAUAAUGCAUUCAGCGAUUAUGAUGUUGGAAUUUAACAGAACUAUCAAAUCUGUAGUUCUCAAAUCACGAUGUUUAAAUUGGCUUUUUUUCAUUAAGUG